GUGAGCUACGCCCUCUUACACCUGCCUCUGAAGCAGCUGAGUGCCCUGCUUUAAUCAGCAAUUGUGCAACUGGAGAGGUCAGUUUAUCCAAAGUUACUGAAACGGCAGUGCUGGGGACUCCACUUUAUGCACAUUCCCUUCACGCAGUAAACCUUACAACACCCUCACCUCCCAGGGUCCGGGCACCAGAAAACCACGCCCCACACACACACCCACACACACACUGCCAGAAACUGAGCAGAGGAGAGCAGAAAGGGCAAGGUUCAGACACAGCUUCCGGCACAGGCGUGUGUGCUGGAAGGUGUGCCGAUAAGUGUGAGUAGCUACUUCCCAAAUUAUUCUUUGGCUGAUACUACGAUAACCUGCACACCGCCUGCCUCCCUACGACAGGGAAACCUGACCACCGCGGGGCCCUUAUCUCCUGCUGUUACACUCCGAGACCAUACGGCGAGCCCUCCCGAGACACUCCUCAGCAGUGGAGCUGACCCCAGUACUCUGAAAAGGGAGGCGAGACGGAGUGCGCCUUCCCAACGGCUACCAGUCAGGGCUGAAGAGGAGUAAGCAGUGAUCCCAUCACUCAGCCAACUGGAGGAGUCUGGAACACAGGGGCGGGACAUGAGUGUUCUCAAAGAGCGGAAACCAAAAAAGCCUCAUUACAUUCCACGGCCGCCGGGGAAGCCCUUCAAGUACAAGUGCUUCCAGUGCCCCUUCACCUGCAAUGAGAAGUCACACCUCUUCAAUCACAUGAAGUACGGGCUCUGCAAGAACUCCAUCACGCUGGUGUCUGAGCAGGACCGCACCCCCAAGGGGCCCAAGCCCAGCCCUCUGGACCCUAGGCAGGCCCUCCAGCCAGAACCCACAGUCAAGCCGGCCCCCACCAAGGCACUCACCCAUGGGCUUUCCAGCCUCGAACCAAAGCCACAGCUCAGUCCUGCCAAGGAAGACACCAAGGAGGACCUGGAGCUUCCAAUGCGGGCGGCCCAUAGGUGCCCUCAGAGGCCGGCCAUGCAGAGGGAGCCAGCCUCAGAAGCUGCCCUCAGCACCCAGCCGUCUCUGGACAGCAUGGUUCGGCCCUCAGCAUUUAUUCCAGUUGGGGAGCACAGACUCAAGGGGACAGACCACACAGAGGCGCCUGAGCUGCUGGCGCUAACCAGCCCCAUGGCAAAAGCCACAUCUUUCCACGCCAAGUCUGCAUUCCACACACCUGGCUACCCCUGGAAAGCUAGCUCCCCUUUCCUCACACCCGAGUUUCCACAAAAAAUCCCAUCCACGAAGGGUUUCGGCACCAUCUCUCCCUACAUGCACUCCACAAUCCCAGAGUAUCCCCAACCCUUCUACACAGAGCAUGGCUUGGCCACCAUCUACUCCCCCUACCUCCUUCCCGGGAACGCACCUGAGUGUGACACCACCCUGCUGUCCGUCUACGGGGCACAAGAACAGAGACACUUCCUGCCUCACCCCGGGCCACUCCCAAAACACCUGGCCCCAUCUCCAUCAGCAUAUGACCAUUACAGGCUGCUCCCCCAGUUCCACACCAGCCUGCCCCUUCCUUAUGGCUUCUACAGACCCGAGUCAGCAUUCACCUCCUACAGCCUCAGGCUUCCGCCUGCAGCUGGCCUCUCACGAGACCAAAGCUCUCAACUGUUGGAGGAUGCUGCCCUGGUCUACCCAGCCUCGAGUCCCUCAGAGUCAAACCCUUCAAACACCCACAAGAAGCACACAGAGUUUGAGAAAGGAAGUCCAACUCCCGAGGCUAAAGACCCUUCCAAAGACGCAGAAGGGGCCAAAAUGAGCCCCCGUGCAGGCAGUGCAGCCACAGGCUCCCCCGGAAGACCAAGCCCUACCAACUUCACACAGACCAGCCAGACAUGUGAAGGUCUGUGUGACCUCUCAAACAAAGCAGCUCCAGAUACCCCAGGACAGCUCCAGCAACCCAAACAGAGCCCCACAGCCUUCAAGCCUGUCCAGAAGAGCACAGAAUACCCUCGUUCCCAGCCACCUACGAACAGAACAGAGUCCCCCAAAAGUCUCCAGGCCCCGAAUGGAGAUCUUGCCGCACAGACAGGAAGCGCCUCCUCUCUCAUCCCUGAGGCCUCACCCUCCAGCCCUGAGGAUGGUUCCAAGGCAGGGCCCCUCAACCUCUCCAAGAAGUUGGAGACAAACCCUGUUGCUACUCACCGACCAGAGUACACAGGCAGCACCCCAGUGGCCCUGGACUUUGAGCCGCAGGACCUACCCCUCAACCUCUCUGUGAAGGAUGCCUGCAUCUCCCGAGGCCCGAGGCCUACUACUUCCAGCUCAUCCCAAGGUGCAGAACCCACUGCUGUUGCUCAGAAGACUGAGACAGAAGGCUCUGGAGAUGCGCCAGGCCAGGCUGACACUCAGCAUGACGAGGCCCCUGGUGGAAAGGCUCCAGAUGCAGGCAUGGUGGACAGCAGUGAGGAGCAGAAGCAGACAGCAGCUGUGGCCCUCUGUCAGCUGGCGGCCUACAGCCCCAGGAAUGUCCGGGUGGGUGAUGGGGAGACCACAGCCCAGGAAGCUGCCUGCCAUGAUGCAGCCACACCCAGUCCCAGGGAGAGCCAGGGGGCUCAAUGUGACCUCAGACCCAAAGGACAAAAGAGGACAAGUCAAAGGGAUGCAGGGAAAUCCCAGCAAGGAGCUAAGAAAACAAAGCCAAGUGACACAGCAGCACGCGUCUUCACUCUGCGCAGAAGGACCCGGGUGUCCUAAGGCCUGGCCCGGUGCAGUGCAGAGCUGCAGGAGACUUUCCCUCCAUGCCACAUCCCAGGCAGCCCUGCACUGCUCAUCCUGCAGUUCCACAGAUGUAGUUUCUGGUUCUCCUUAGGAAGAAGCCAUAGGUCAGUCCAGUUUCUGUGGACAUUCCGACGAUGUGAAAAGGUGCUUCUCCUCCUGGUUAUAAAGACAGCUGAACGCCUUACACACUCCACACCGGCGAAUGAAACCUCUGCUCCGGUGCACAUGCAGACACAGGACCAGAGGGACACGGUUUCCCCAGACACUGUCCUUACAGACCUGUCAGCACUAGGACAGACCACCUUCACUACUCUUCUGUUACACCUAGCCACAUGUCUCCAAGUAAGUAACAAUUACCGACAAGACACCAGAAAGGUGUAUUCUCAGUUCUAGUGUUCAAGUGCUGUGUAUAAAAAUGUUGUGAUUUGUUAAGACAAGCACAAACAUCCAGAGGCUAUUUAUACAAAUAAUUUAUUUCCACAAGGGAAGGUGCAUUACUGGUGACAGUACGAUUGAUUGAUUUAUUCCAUUUGCUUGUAAUAUCAAAGUGAAUUUUCUAACUUGUUCAGCCUCACUUUCCACUCCCUAAAAUGAUGUAUAUGUU